GCCACAGCCCCCUGUCACACCCCCAUCCCCCGCCCCUAUGGCCGCUAUAGGGUGCUGGAGCUGCUCCCGCCCGUGAGGGCGGUACCGGCGCGGCUCCCGGCGUGCCCUGCCGAGCCAUGGCGGAGAGCCGCGUGUUCCCGCUGUCCUGCGCCGUGCAGAGCUACGCCUGGGGCAAGCUGGGGCUGCAGAGUGAGGUGGCCAAGCUGGUGGCCAGCAGCGAUCCGCUCGUCCAGAUCCAGCCCGAGCAGCCCUACGCGGAGCUCUGGAUGGGCACACACCCCCGAGGUGACUCCGUCAUCUUGGAUAACCGUAUCCCUCAAAAGACCCUGGGCCAGUGGAUCACGGCCAACCCCGCCUGCCUGGGGGAGAAGGUGCUGGAUGCUUUCCAGGGGCACCUGCCCUUCCUCUUCAAGGUGCUGUCAGUCAACACCGCCCUCUCCAUCCAGGCGCACCCCAACAAGGAGCUGGCAGCAAAGCUGCAUGCACAGUUCCCCGAGCACUACCCUGAUGUCAACCACAAGCCCGAGAUGGCCAUCGCUCUCACCCCCUUUGAGGGCUUGUGCGGCUUCCGGCCAGUGGAGGAGAUCGUCUCCUUCCUCCAGGCUGUCCCCGAGCUGCGGGCGCUGAUUGGGGAGGUGGCAGCGGAGCAGCUGGAGCGGAGCGGGAGUGACGACCCCCGUGGUGUCUCGGCCGCCCUCCGCGUCUGCUUCACUCGCCUGAUGAAGAGUGAGAAGAAGUUCUUCGUCGACCAGCUGAACACGCUGGUGAAGAGGGUCUCCCAGGAAGCAGCGGAAGGGAAGGACACGUCAGCCAGCAACGGGGACCUUCUGCUGCGGCUGCACUCCCAGUUUCCAGGGGACAUCGGCUGCUUCACCAUCUACUUUCUCAACCUGGUGAGGCUGGAGCCAGGAGAAGCCAUGUACCUGGGAGCCAAUGAGCCCCAUGCCUACCUGCAUGGAGAUUGCGUGGAGUGCAUGGCGUGCUCGGAUAACACAGUCCGCGCCGGGCUCACUCCCAAAUUCAUCGAUGUCCUCACCUUAUGUGAGAUGCUCAACUACACGCCGGCGCCCAGCAGCUCCAAGAUCUUCCCGGCCACGCAGAGCCAGCUCGACCCCAGCGUCUACCUCUACGACCCACCCGUGCCAGACUUUGCUGUCAUGAAGAUAGAGAUCCCCGCCUCCAUCAAGCUGUACCUCGUCUCCGCCGUGGACUCUGCCAGCAUCCUGCUGGUGAUCCAGGGGACAGCUGUGGGCACCUCCACAGCCGCAGCCUCUGAAAUGCCUCUGCGCCGCGGCUCCGUGCUCUUCAUCUCUGCCAACGAGAGCAUCUCCCUCCACCUCUCCUCGCCGGAUGGGAUGCUGCUCUUCCGAGCCUGCUGCCUCCUCUGAGCGGCACC